AGCUAUAUAAACCAGUGAGAAUUUCAGUUUCACAUACAACUCAACAAGAGAAUGAAGCAUUCAAUUUCAAAGGAUCCAUUCGAAACAGCGUUCGAGGAAUCACCAUCCCCACCGGAUUCCCCAAUCGAAACCAAACCAUACCCCAUCUCACUACCUACUCAAACCCAUCAACAACUCAACAAUCGCGUCAAAACCUUGACCAUUACUAACACCAACAACAAUGAAGAAGAACAAUACGAAGAAGAGGAAGAAGAUGAAGUGGAUGCCGAAUUCUCCAAGUUUCGUUCUGCUUCCAUUGGUGAUCCUCACAAAAUCGCUAGAUUGCAGAAUGUUUUUUCACAAUUCACUGAAGAACAGUUGAGUAGAUACGAAUCUUUUCGUAGGGCUGCAUUCCAGAAAGCUACUAUGAGAAGGGUUAUAGCAAGCAUCGCUGGGACCCAGUCAAUCUCUAAGCCAGUUUUGGUUGUAGUAUCAGGGAUUACAAAAAUGUUUGUGGGUGAGGUUGUGGAAAGAGCUAGAAUAAUUAUGACCGAGCGGAAGGAAUCUGGACCUAUCCGGCCAUGUCAUCUGAGAGAAGCACAUAGGCGACUAAAGCUUGAAGGAAAAGUCUUUAAGAGAAAGGUCCCGAGGCUCUUUCGGUAGUGGGCCAAGUAUGAUUUCUUCUGCAGGCAGGAAACACUUUGAUCCUGAUGUCCUGGUUAUAUCAAAAUUAACAAAAAUGAGUGAAUCAAUAUUGACAGGUAAAAUAGGGAAAAUUCCCGGUUCCAACUAAUACAAAAUGUGAAAUGGACUUUAGCAACAUAUUUUCUUUCUAGCUGUGUCAAAUAUCAUCAUUCUCUGAAAAUAUUGAUAACUGAUGUUACACUGAAAAUACAAAUAUUAUUUCAAAUGUUGUUUAUAGGAAAGUUUAUCUGACCUAGGUAUUUCUUACAAGUACCAAAUUUGAGCAAACAUACUCAUGUAUUUCAGAUUUUAUGUUGAACUUUGUUAUUUGGUCUUUUACAGUGGAAGAUUAUUGUGUAAGGAUUCAAAAGAAUGUAGCUUGUUCAUAC